AUUGCAUGAGUUUACUUGAAGAUUUCGAGUGAAAAAAGUUAGAAAGAAUAUAUAAGGACAGUCUAGAAAUUAUUUUCUUUAGUGAAUCUUUAUGAUACAAAGGAUGUCGGGGAUAACUCUUGAUUUAUAACUAAGUUUUGCAAAACGUGACUCGCAUUUCCUCGGUUGCAGAUUUAAAUCCGUUUGGUUUGUUUGUUAUGUAUAUUUAGCCCUAAAAGCUACCAACAAGUUGUAUUUCUCGAUUAUCUGUCAAAGAUGGUCUCUCCAUUGAAAGACCCAAAUAUUGCCAAAAAGCUGGUAGAGGGUCUGCAGGGGGACCUUAGAACUUUAUCAGCUGAGGGAAAGAGGAAAUAUCCCCAUGUUAAGGAGGCAUCUGAGCAAAUCCAACUGAAGUUACGGACAAUAUGUACAAAGAGCGAGGAUAUUAUGUCAGGUUUAGUGCCAGCCAGUGCAGAAAUCAUCCAACCAUUUGUGAUGGGAUGUGACACAAAGAAUCCUAAGAUUGUACAACUUUGUCUGACAGCGGUCCAGAAGCUGGUAGCACACGAAGCUGUUUCUGUGACUGCUGCGGACAAUAUAAUCGGCAUGUUAUGGAAUCUCAUGGAAUCCGGACUAGAGGAACUAAAACUUCUACAGACAGCCAUUAUUCUGAUCACCACCAACUCUGUUGUACAGCAUGACUCGCUAGCCAAGGCUUUGGUAUUGUGUUUUCGUCUUCACUUCACAAAAGACAGCACAACUAUCAAUACAGCUGCAGCCACCAUCAAACAUCUAGUCAGCUGUGUGUUUGAACGAGUAGUGACAGAAGAUAAGGUCCCAAUUCAAGGACAGACGAGUGCAGUGAAUCUAGAGGAGUUGAAAACCCACAGCAAAACCCCGCCACACUCACUGAGACCAUGUGCUGGAGAUGCUUACCUACUAUUUCAGGACCUUUGUCAGUUGGUCAAUGCUGACCAGCCGUUUUGGUUGAUGGGGAUGACCGAGAUGACUAGGACGUUUGGACUUGAACUCCUGGAGGCUGUUCUCACCUCAUUCCCUCAGAUAUUUUUACAACACCAGGAGUUUAGCUUUCAGUUGAAAGAGAAGGUGUGCCCUCUUGUCAUCAAGUUGUUCUCCCCCAGUCUGAAGUAUCGCCAGGGGAUGCCCCCACCCCCCUCCCCAGCCCCGGUAGAAAGACCAUUUUUUCCUAUCGUUAUGAGGCUACUCAGAAUUGUGUGUGCACUUAUCAAACACUACUAUUGUAUAUUGGUCACAGAGUGUGAGAUUUUUCUGUCCUUGUUGGUCAAGUUCUUGGAUUCAGAGAAACCAAACUGGCAGAGAUGUUUGGCUCUAGAAGUGCUUCAUAAACUUAGUGUGCAGCCAGAAUUACUGAGAUCUUUCACCCAAAGCUAUGACAUGAAACUUCACUCCACCAAGAUUUUCCGUGACAUAGUAAAUGGGGUGGGAACGUACAUACAGUCCCAGUUUAUGAACCCCUCCUCAGGCUCCACCACAUCAGGUAACAAAACCCCUGACACCCAUGGUACCCCUCCUGCCCUGGUAGGGGGAUUACCUGUGGGAGGGGGAGUCACCCCACAGGCUGCCUUCAUGUACAGAGGGGUCUGGAUCCCUAUUGUAUUCACAGUACCAGCAGGACAGGCGCGACCCACAUAUUUAGAGAUGUUAGACAAAGUGGAGCCUCCACCAAUCGCCGAUGGAUACGGAUUAUCUCUGGCUUUCUAUUGUCUAUUGGAGGUUGUCAAGAGUGUUCGAAUUCUAGUUCAUGGAGAACCAGAAAAUGAGAACCAGACAAUGACAAGCAGGAUCAGAAAGGACAUUUCAGUUGAGGAGCGAGGACUGGAUGAGGAGCUGAUUAAUUCCUCAUGGUGUGGAUUACUGGCAGCCCUCGCCCUCCUUCUGGAUGCCAGCACUGAUGAGAGUGCCACAGAGUCCGUACUGAAGUCCAUGAAGAUGUUUGCCGAGUUGUGUGGGGAGCUGGAAAUGGCAACCCCCAGAGAUGCCUUCAUCACGGCUCUAUGUAAAGCCUCCCUCCCCCCACAUUAUACCCUCACAAUACUUAAUUCUACAUCAGCACCCCAGAGCCCUGGCUCUUAUACAAAGGCCAAUCACACAAGAAACUCUAGUCAAGAUUUAGCUUCCCUAGCAACAGAGUCUGAGCAACGAAGCCAAGUGGUUGCCGUAGGAACACCACUUCCCACAGCAUCACUUCCUGUUGGGGCUCAUCAGGGGCCAGUCAUGCUUACAGCCAAGAAUAUACAGUGUAUGAGGUCACUUUUAUCUGUGGCCCACUGUAAUGGGGGAGUUUUGGGGACUGCAUGGCAUCUGGUGUUAACUACAUUACAACACUUAGUUUGGAUUUUGGGUUUAAAACCAUCUUCAGGAGGAAGCUUGAAAGCUAGUCAACAGAUAUCAGACAGUUCAAACACAGUGAUAACCACAGCUGUGAUGGCAGAUCUGCCUGUCCUGGCAUCCAUGUUAUCUAGACUCUUUGAGAGCUCACAGUAUUUAGAUGACGUUGCCCUUCACCAUUUGAUUGAUGCCUUGUGUAAACUGAGCAGCGAGUCUAUGGAGCUGGCAUACACUAACCGAGAACCAUCCCUAUUUGCUGUUGCCAAGCUCUUGGAAACAGGGUUAGUCAAUCUGCAUCGAGUAGAGGUGCUAUGGAGACCAGUGACCAAUCAUCUGUUAGAGGUAUGUCAGCACCCCCACCAGGGGAUGCGGUGCUGGGGAGCUGAGGCAGUAACCACUAUGGUGAAGGCAGCCCUCAGUUACAAGUACGACACGGAACUGUAUCUCAAUCUGAAGUUACAGUCAAUGAUUCUGGGCCCUCUGCAAGAAUUAUCCUCCAUACCUCAGCCAGACAUUAGACAGAGACAGUUAGAGUGUGUCCUACAGAUACUACACAACAAUGGGGAUAAACUGGUCCAUGGCUGGCCCCUCAUCCUGGGGGUCAUUGCAGCACUGGACAGUGAUCAGGGAGAGAAGUUGAUUCAGACGGCCUUCCAGAGCCUCCAACUGGUCGUCACAGACUUUCUUCCCAUCAUUCCUUGCGUCUAUUUAAAGAACUGUGUGGAGGUGGCAGCCAAAUUCGGACUCCAGAACCGCGAGCUCAACAUCAGCCUCACUGCCAUUGGACUACUGUGGAACAUCUCAGACUUUUUCUACCAAAAUCGACAACGAAUUGAGAGUGAGUUGAAUGCAGCACAGUCUGAGAAGGGUAAGGACGACAUCCCCCCAUUUGAUGCUCUGUGGAUGAGCCUGUAUAUGAAACAAGGGGAGUUGUGUGUAGACCAGAGGCCAGCAGUCAGGAAGUCAGCGGGACAGACUCUGUUCUCUACCAUCAGUGCCCAUGGGGGACUCCUCCAAACCAAUACGUGGAAGAAAGUAUUACGGCAGGUGUUAUUUCCACUACUGGAGAAUGUACAGAAGUUGUCCAGCACUGCCUCUAAUGUAAAAGAUGAAGCCGCCACUGGAAACAUUCUGAUCCACCACUCAAGAGACACUGCGGAGAAACAGUGGGCGGAGACUUGUGUCCUAUCAUUAGCUGGAGUUGCUAGGACAUUCAAUUCCAAACGAAAAAUCCUACAAACAAUUGGUGAUUUUCCACGGGCUUGGUCUCUUCUUCUGGAGUACAUUGAGACGAAUGCUAUGUGUAACAAUGCAGAAGUGUCACUCGCAGCCCUCAAAUCAUUCCAGGAAAUUCUACAGAUGAGCACUGACCCUAAAGACAAGUCAGAUGACCUAUUGCCCUUGAUGAAGCCUCCUUCUGAAGUAAUCAUAUCAAGGUCAGAAGAUACCAGUAAGGUGUUACCAAGGACAACAAGUGAGGAUAGUGACCUUGACCUAGCCUUGUGGACAGCAGCUUGGAAGGUUUGGUUGAACAUUGGUACUAGUGCCACCAAGCCCCCUCCUUCUGGGGGUAAACCAACAGACCGUGGGGUGUAUGUCCCAUCACAGGCAUUUCUUACUGCCCUGGUGCAAACGUUCCCACCUUUGUUUGAACAUAUCAAGUCACGGUUUGUGGCGGCAGAUCUGCAGAAGUUGUCCCGGGUUCUGAAGACAGCCCUCUGUGUACCUGUCCAUGGAGAUGCCUCCCCAUUCAUUAUUCCCUCCUUCCCAGAUGUCACCACUACACCAUUACAGGAAGCUACCCUAGCUGCCAUGGAGUCUCUUAUUAAGGCUGUCCAGACAGGUCCAGAGUCCAUGCAGUCCAUGUAUCCUGACAUCUUUGACCAGUUGCUGACAUUCAUUGAGUAUGGAGUCAGAGUUCCCAAGUUCGGGCAGUUGGAUGCCAAGGCAUUUGGAGCUGUCAAAGGGCCACAGGUGGAUUGGGUGACCAUGAACUUUGUGCCAUUUGCUGAGAAGGCAGUAGAUAUGGUUGUGGAUUUGUAUCGGGUCACUGCCAAGCAUUCUGUUGUGAUUCAGUCACAUGUUCUCCAGAAGAUUAUACAGACCUUUCGCUUACCUCUGAGCUAUAAAUAUGCCUGCCCCUCCCCCUCUACCUGGAUGCUGGUCAUCAACUCCCUUAUUACCGUCCUGGGGGUGGGGCUCCCAGUGGCCAGAAAACAAGGAUCAGCUUUUCAAGGAAUGUGGGGUGAACUAGCUAAAACCUUGGAAGAGUUCCUGUUUCCCAAGCAACCCUCCCCUGCUACACUGUCCAUGGAGGAUUUCCAAAGAGAUGAGGCCAUUGACUGUAAGGUAGUACAGUUAAUCAGAGACGACAUCUUGCCAUAUGCUUCAACGAUUCCACCCGAAUUUGUCAAACAAAUCAUGAAGCUGCUCAAUCGAGGCUCCAUACAUUCCACAUCAUCUGAUUCCUUCAUAGACACAGACUCCAGUAAAAAGCUGAGAGAAGAGUUUGCCAAGAUCUGCUUUGAGACCCUACUACAGUUCUCAUUUAUCAACAAAUCAAAAAGUGAAGAAGGUGCAAUAACAAAGAUGGCAGUGAUGUCACUGCUACAGCGGUGUCAGGAGGUGGUCCAUAAACAUGUGGAGGAUGAACGGCUCAGUGGGAAAUGUCCCCUACCCAGACCCAGGCUGGCAGAGAUGGCCUCAGUUUUAAAGGCAAUAACAACACUACUGAAAUCCCUGAAACAAGCUCCACCAGGCAAUGUGGAGAAGCAGGUAUGGAGGAUGGUUCUCCAGUUAUACCCCUGUCUGGUUGACUGCACCACCUCCCCCUCCCCGAGUGUGUGUAAGGCCCUCCGUGAUGCCCUCCAUGAGUACGCUGACCUCCUGUCUCCCCCGACAAGUGCCGUUACCAACGGAACCACCUGACCAAUGAACAAACCCAAAACUGGAACAAAGUAACACUCGGAACUGGAUCUGGUGUUUGGUUCUGGUGCAUCAGUGCAAUCAACAAAUAUUAUUUAUGGUGGAAGGGAUUUAUCAUGUGAUAUACUACAGAUCUGCAAAGGCAAACCAUACUUAGAGGAACCUUGUUAGAGUUCCAAUGCUAGGUUUAACCUGUAAAAAAGGGAACAAUGGCUGGUCAUAAGGUGGAGAUAUCAGUGUAUUGCUUAUGAAAGAAAAGAUAUGUCACAUACUGUAUGGGUACUUAUUAUACAAAAACAGCUAAAGACAGAUUUUAGUGGUUAGUGACCUUGUUCUUUAGGGUAGAUCAUAGACCCUGUGGUAUAAUUUUGAAGAAUUGCUUUCAGUAUUUUUAUGUAUAAUCCUUAUAUAAAAUAAUGUUUUGGCAGUAUUCAUAAAAUUGAGCCAAAGGCGCCAAAGAAUGAAUCUAUUAAUAAGUACACAUACAGUAGUAUUUAUGAUGUAUUUUAAACAGUGUCGGUAGAUUGUAAUUACAUGUAUUAAUUGCAUUACUCAUAUGUAUGAUUAUAUUAUUCAUCUCUGAGAAAAAAUGCUAGUCCUACAAAAAAUAAAGUUUAGCUCAUUUGUGAUGUUGUACGUUAGGAUUUGAUACGUGGUAUAACAUGGUGCUUUACAGAUGAAAUUUUUUCUCAUGGAAAUCUUUUGUUCAACAUGUCUACGUACUUGAUAGAUUAUUAUUUUCUUCAUCAUACAGAAAUGGAAUCAUAUAUUUUAUCAUGAUUAAUGCUUUUUACUGUAAAUUUGGGCAAAGAAAAAAAAAAAAACAAACAAAUAUAUAUUUAUUUUAAAAAAUCAAGAAAUGCUGUCAGAUGUUGAGGUUGCUUCCUGAAUAAUCUGCUUGCUAUGAUAAAACCACACCUGUUCAUUUAUUUGUUGACUAUCAUACCUGUAAUAUUUGUUUAUGUCUAUAUUAAACACCAUUACAAUA